CUGACAUAUCGAGGUACCUACUAGGUAUAUACAUAUAUUACAUAUGUAGCACGUUGUGAUGAACCUGAAAUGCAUCAAUGAUUACAUCCGGGCUACGGCUACGGACAUCAAAGAAGGAUGACAAUAUUUGAAGUCGAUCGGCACCUACAUAAUAAUACCUACUAUCCUCGAACUACAUAUAUGUAGGAUACGACACUAUAGGUGCCUUUAGAUGCAUCAGACAUGAAUCUCUAUUUUCCCCUAACAGUAUAUCAGAGUUGUAAUUCACGAUUACGCCAGCAACACCAGCAACACCAGCUUCACAAAUGUCUCCGAGAUCUCCGCCCGAGAUAUGGCAGAAGACCAGCAGAGAUCCCUCAAGCCAGCUACAGGUCAUUAUCGUAGGAGCCGGGCUUGGAGGCCUCGGUGCAGCGAUAGCCAUUCUCCUGGCAGGGCACAAUGUCACGGUGCUCGAGAGCGCGUCUGAAAUCGGCGAGAUAGGCGCGGGUAUUCAAGUAUUACCCAAUUCUUCAAGAAUAUUGAUCUCUUGGGGACUCGAAGAUAGGAUCUCCAAGCAUGCGACAAUGCCCAGAUACGCCAACAUGAUCGGUUGGAAGGGGAACCAUCUUUCUAGGAUGGACCUUCAUGCCUAUGCAGACGCAUUGGGUACUCCCUUCUGGGAUUUUCACAGAGCCAAUCUACAUCGCUGCCUCCUGGACCGGGCUAUAGAGCUUGGAGCCAAGUUGCACGUUAGGUCGAGAGUCCAAACGAUUGAGUAUGCCGAAGACGGACUAACGGCGGCCGCUGUAUUAAGCGACGGGAGGUCUAUGCCUGCGGAUUUGAUCGUUGGGGCAGACGGCAUCUCGUCUCGCUUGCGCGAGCUUCUCCUCCGUAAACCGGACCCCCCUCAACCCACCGGAGAUCUUGCCUACAGGUUAAUUAUCAACGCAGAGGAUAUGCUGGCCGACCCCGAACUACGCCACUUCAUCCAGGAUCCACAGGUCAACUACUGGAUUGGACCCGACGCGCAUGCCGUCAACUAUGUCCUCAGGGGUGGGCAGUUGUUCAACAUGGUUUUGCUGGUCCCAGAUGACAUGCCUGCUGCUUCCAUGACCGUAGAUGGGAAUGUAGAAGAGAUGCAAGCGUUAUACAAAGACUGGGACCCUAGAAUCGGUAAGAUCUUGAAGCUCUGCCAAUCGGUCCAGAAGUGGAAGCUCUGCAUCCGCCCUACAUUGGAUCGAUGGACGCAUAAGUCGGGAUCUUUCACGUUAUUAGGAGAUGCAGUUCAUGCAACGCUUCCCUAUCUUGCUAGUGGCUGCGGCAUGGCUCUAGAGGACGGUGCAGCGCUAGGUCUCUGCCUCUCUAAGCUAACUGACAAAUCUCGAGAGCAAAAGCUUUUUGCACUCGGGGUUUAUGAGGAAUGCCGUAAAGAGAGAACGGAGAGAGUAGUCGAGAGGGGCAAUUUCCAACAAUACAUGUACCACAUCCACGAUGGCGAGGAGCAAAGGGAGAGGGACAAGAGACUCCACAUGUUUGGGGAAAUUGACGAACGCCUAUUCAAAACACCAGAGGUUCUUACGAAGCCACGAGCCGGAUCAGGGGAUGACCCACUACCUUGGAGGUAUUAUGGUGUUGGGGGUUGGUUGUUGACAUACGACCUCGAGAAGGAUGUAGAAACUAGGUGGGAACAAGCCCGGGCGGGAGCCCAGGCACGACCCCUUCUAUAAGCCAUAUAAUAACUACCUACGUAUAAUACCACCCUUGUCACCUUUUACGUCCGGGUAGAAAGACUUGCGAAGCUUCUACAUCUUCUUCUUGUAUGGACAUUAAAGCAGGUAUGUCUAUCAACGUAGUGUAGCCCAAUUUGCAAGAAAAUGUAUGAAAAUUUAUCCCCCCUUGCGAUGAACAGCAUUGGCAAUUCUCUUCCAGCCAGCUAUCUGAGAUGAGGUCAAGAUGCCGGAGAUGCCGGGGAUGCCAGGGCAGCCAGAAGCGUAGUGAGAGAUAUCCAUAUCGGUAGCCUCGAAUACCCCUAAAGUGGGAUGGAUAGCUGAGCUUCAUAUUAUUCCGAAAAAGUUGGUAGUUUGGGCUGAGUCCGAGUCCGAGUCCAUC